AUGAGCUUCAGGCACGACGACUACACCAUAGCAUGGAUCUGCGCCUUGCCGCUGGAAAUGACAGCGGCAAAGGCCAUGCUGGAUAAGGUCCAUCCUUCACUGCCCCAGCCGGAAACCGACCACAACGUCUACACACUUGGGAAUAUUUCCGGCCACAAUGUGGUGGUGGCCUGCCUCCCGUCAGGUGUUUACGGAACCACAUCUGCGGCAAUCGUGCUUGCUCACAUGUUGCCGACGUUUCCUUCUCUUCGAUUUGGGUUGAUGGUAGGCAUCGGGGGCGGGGUGCCCGGCAAAGUCGCAGAUAUUCGCCUUGGGGAUGUGGUCGUUAGCAUGCCAACUGCGGCCUCUGGAGGCGUGAUCCAAUAUGACUAUGGGAAGACACUUCGUGAUGGACGUUUGCAGCGUACUGGAUCGCUUAAUCCACAAUACCUGCUCACCGCAGUAUCUCAAAUACGCAGUGAUUACAUGGUCAGAGACUCACUCCUCAAGAAAGGCGGAAUUGGAAAAACUCAAAUCGCACUGGAGCUAGCUUAUCGCGCACGACAAAAGGUUCUUGGAAACUCGAUUUUCUGGAUCCCAUGUAUGAGCUAUGAAAGUGUCGAACAAGCUUAUCUGAGCAUUGCCUCGAGCCUAGAAAUGACGGAUAUAAAGCCAGCAGAGGUGAAAGAGCAAGUCAAAACUUUCCUCAGUCAAGAACACGCUGGGAAGUGGCUUCUUAUUUUUGACAAUGCGGAUGAUGUGGAGAUGUGGACCAAGGGAAGCGCGACUGCGCCACCACUCAAGGACAUUCUCCCCCAGAGUGAACAUGGCCAUAUACUCUUUACUUCGCGGAACCGAAAGCUCGCAGUGAAGUUGGCGUCACCGAAUGUGCUAUUGAUUCCUGAGAUGGAUCGAAGCACCGCCAAAGAGAUAUUCGAGAAAUUACUCAUACAAAAGGAUUUGCUACAGGACGAUUGUGCAACUACUGCUGUCCUUAAGCAGCUUGGCUUUCUGCUGCUUGUAAUUAGUCAAGCCGCAGCUUAUAUCAAUGAAAAUGAGAUUUCGUUAUCUGAGUAUCUGUUAUUGUUAGGUGAGCAAGAGAGAAGCACAAUUGAAAUGCUAAGCAAGGAAUUCGAGGACGAGGGACGCUACGCAGAGAUUCAGAACCCAGUGGCGACAACCUGGUGGAUCUCUUUCUUGCAGAUCCAGCAACUGGAUGAAUUAGCGGCUGACUAUUUGUCAUUCAUGGCCUGCAUUAAUCCACGAGAUAUCCCGCAGUCGAUUCUUUCACCUGCAGCUUCAGUAAAGAAACAAGCAGAGGCAAUAGGUCUUCUGAAGGCGUAUUCCUUUAUUACUGCACAGAUGAGAAUAGACAAGACUGUUGAUAUUUGGGCAGAAAGAGCAGCAUGCCAGUUAGAUGACGUCUUCCCUGAUGAUGACCAUGGCAAUCGAAAAAUAUGGAGAGACUACCUACUACAUGCGCUCUAUUUGACAAACAGUGAACAAUUCCAGAGGUGCCGGCAUGAGUAUCAUGAUCUUUCUUCAAGGAUAGGAAGAUGCUUGCAGAGCGAUGGAAGAUAUAAUGAGGCUCAAAUUUUCUUUACUGAUGUCCUGGAAAUCGGGGAGACAGCUCUCGGACCCGAGCAUCCCGCGACUCUCACCAGUGUCAGCAACCUUGGUUCAGUGCUUGAGGGUCAGGGCAACGUCAGCAACCUUGUUUCAGUGCUGGAACGACAGGGCAAGUAUGAAGAGGCUGAAGUCAUGCACCGACGAGAUCUAAAGGGAUCAGAGGAGGUACUAGGACCAGAGCAUCCUGACACUCUCAUCAGCGUCAGCAACCUUGGUUCAGCGCUGGAACAACAGGGCAAGUAUGAAGAGGCUGAAGCCAUGCAACGACGAGCACUAGAAGGCCAUGAGAAGACCCUAGGACCAGAGCAUCCCGACACUCUCACUAGUGCCAACAACCUUGGUUCAGUGCUUGAACGACAGGGCAAGUAUGAAGAGGCCGAAGUCAUGCAUCGCCGAGCGCUACAAGGCUAUGAGAAGGCCCUAGGACCAGAACAUCCCAACACUCUCACCAGUGUCAGCAACCUUGGUUCAGUGCUUGAACGACAGGGCAAGUAUGAAGAGGCCGAAGUCAUGCAUCGCCGAGCGCUACAAGGCUAUGAGAAGGCCCUAGGACCAGAACAUCCCAACACUCUCACCAGUGUCAGCCAACCUUGGUUCAGUGCUUAA